AUGGUUGUGUUCGUGCGCUCUAUUUCUUGCGGUCUGCGCCAGUCCAGGACUGCCACCGUGCCUCUACUCCGACGCGGGUUCGCGAACAGCGUCUCCAGGUUGCAGGACAAGAUUGUCGUCAAGCACCCAGUGGUGGAGCUUGAUGGCGAUGAGAUGACCAGGAUCAUCUGGAAGAAGAUUAGGGAAGAGCUCAUUCUGCCGUACCUUCAACUGGACAUCAAGUAUUUUGACCUCGGUCUGGAGCAUCGUGAUGCGACGAACGACCAAGUAACGGUGGAGUCGGCAGAGGCGAUCCUGAGGUACAACGUCGGAAUCAAGUGUGCCACGAUCACGCCGGACGAGGCGCGGGUGAAGGAGUUCAAACUGAAGCAAAUGUGGCGGAGCCCAAACGGAACGAUUAGGAACAUCCUUGGGGGUACAGUUUUUCGUGAACCAAUUAUCCUGAAGAGCGUCCCGCGCCCCAUUCCGGGGUGGAAGAAUCCCAUCGUGAUCGGUCGACAUGCGUUCGGAGACCAGUAUCGGUCAACGGACAUAAUUGUGCCAGGGCCAGGGAAGCUGCAGCUAGUUUACACGCCCGCGGACGGGAGCAAGGGGGCGACGUACGAUGUAUACGACUUUAAGGGCAAAGGCGUCGCGAUGAGCAUGUACAACACAGACGACUCGAUCACGGGCUUCGCGCAUUCGUCGUUCAAGAUGGCGCUGGCCAAGAAGCUGCCGCUAUUCAUGUCAACAAAGAACACGAUCCUGAAGAAGUACGAUGGACGAUUCAAGGACAUUUUCCAAGAGGUCUACGAAGCGCAAUAUAAAAAAGGCUUUGAGGCCGCAGGCAUCUACUACGAGCACCGCCUGAUCGACGACAUGGUCGCGCAGGCGAUCAAGUCCUCGGGCGGGUUCGUCUGGGCGUGCAAGAACUACGACGGCGACGUGCAGUCUGACAUUCUUGCCCAGGGCUUCGGCAGCUUGGGCAUGAUGACCAGUGAGCUGAUCACACCGGACGGAAAGACCAUUGAAAGCGAGGCUGCGCACGGCACUGUGACACGCCAUUACCGCGAGUAUCAGAAAGGCCGCGAGACAUCUACCAACCCCGUCGCUUCCAUUUUCGCAUGGACCCGUGGUCUACUGCACCGUGCGAAACUUGAUGGUAACGACGCACUGAGCGCGUUCUGCCAGGACCUCGAGUCGGCGUGCGUGGAGGUAAUCGAUGAGGACGGUGUCAUGACGAAGGAUCUCGCACUCGCGAUACACGGGAAGGACAUGAAGCGCGAGCACUGGGUCGUUACUAACGUGUACAUGGAUGCGGUUCAUGACAAGUUGAGGAAGAAGAUGGAGGCACGAGCGAAGGCUUAG